CUAAACAACAAGUUCUGCACAAGUGAUUUACAUAUAAAGUUAAAAGUUAAUAAAGGGAGAGUAAACAAAAUAUUGAAAAUGCCACGUAAAUUGAUGUCCACCAAAUCCAACUAUGGAUACAAGAAUGCUGUACAGGAGGCAGUUUCCGAAGGACUAAUUUCCGGAAGCACACUUUCGACGUUGGAUUACCAAAUAUUGUUGGACAAACUAAAUGCCAAUCAGAAGCGAGUGGUUCCAUUUGCCAACAAUAGCAAGAAUCGUUAUGCCUUGCUAAAGUGCUUCCAACGUUUUCAGGCAAAAUCCAAUGAUGUCCCUAAUGGAGUCUGUGAGUCUACUGACAUUUCCAUUGAGCCGGCAGACGAAACAUUAAUAGAAGCCAAUUUGAAAUGUUUUCGAAAAAAAUGCCACAGUGGAAAUGCAAGUUUGAAUCGAUCGGUCCUCCUAGUGGACAAUUUGAAUAGCCCACGUGCAAUCUUUACAAAAUGCAAGUAUGAGGACUGUAAAUUUAAGGUACUUAUGAAACAAGCUUCGACUUGGUGUUCAUGUGGACCACUUGAAUGUACUGUGUACAUCAACGUCCAACACCUCCUCUUUGGCGCAACAAGCUUCGACUUGGUGUUCAUGUGGACCACUUGAAUGUACUGUGUACAUCAACGUCCAACACCUCCUCUUUGGCGCAACAAGCUUCGACUUGGUGUUCAUGUGGACCACUUGAAUGUACUGUGUACAUCAACGUCCAAGA